AUGGAUUAUUCUUCAAGCGAACUACCCAGUGUACCUGAGGAGACGGAUGAAGAGUACGCUGAAAGACUUCAAAAGUGGGUGGACUCCGCUGCAACGCACCUUGGGACAGCUAAGGCGCAGGCGACACGUGAUGAGGAGCUGACUGAUGAAACCGGCCUGUGGGAAGGUCACUCCUUUUCGAAACCGAUGCCCUCUGCGAUCACCGCGGAUGAAGAGCCCGGGGGUGCUAGGCAAGAGGAGGAGCUCUCUCCGCAUCCGAGGUCCUCUGCGAUUACCGCUAAAGAAAAGCAGCGAGCUGCUGGGCAAGAUAAUGACCUCUCUCCUGAACCGGCGCCAUCGGCGGGUACCGGAGAAGAAGAACAGGGGAGAGGCGGGCAAGAUAACGAUCUUUCUUCUGAACUGACGCCAUCUCGGGGUACCGGGGAAGAAGAACAGGGUAGAGCUGGGCAAGGUAACGACCUUUCUUCUGAACUGGCACCAUCUCGGGGUACCGGGGAAGAAGAACAGGGGAGAGCUGGGCGAGAGGCUUUGCCAACGGUUCCUGCUAUCCCCAUAACAGAAGCGCAGGAAGGUACUAGGCAAGACAGCCAACUCUCUGCAAGGCACUCGCCCACCGGAACGGACGGGGGACCUCACGUAGAGGUGUCAGAAGAAAAAGGGGAUUUGAACGGCCUAGAGUCUGACCAACAGAAUGGGACGCCGACAGUUAUUCAGCAAAGCCGCGAUCAGUCAGCAGCCGCGCGGCAGCAGGUGGUUGCUUGCCUAGAUAAGCUGCAGAGUGCUCCGACCGCAGUCGACCCCAAGAAAGUCUGUGGAGGAGCAAAGAAUGGCAGCUUUGACAAGUGUGUUGAACGAGUAACGCAUUGGAUUCAAAGUGGAAGCCUUGAUUGUUUGCUCGUGAAUUUUGAAGUGGAGGCAGCCGGAGGAAGGUCAUUGACCGUCGUAUUACCUGAGAAUGCAAGCGAGUUUCUGUACUUCGCUCGGCUCUACCAGGUCCUUAAGAGGGGGCCAUGUCGUGACUUACCUAACGAAACAGAAUUUGGGCGAGCCGUGGCAGCGUCAAUGUAUACCACACCAGAGGCGCUGGGGCGCUGA